AUGCCAGGACAAUUCGAAAAAUCAAAUAAUAAAGAUGAUAAUGAUGAUGAUGUGGAUUUAAAGAACUCUACAAAUGCAGUAGACUCUGAUUUGGAUGAAGAUGAAGUACAUCAGGAUUGGUCACAGGUUGCUAAGCUUACGAAGAAAGCAUUGAAAGCAAAAUUGCCUAAACGUGGUGAGAAGGAAUACGAACCUGAUGGAACCGAAAUACAAGAUGCUAUGCUAGUUAAUGCUAGAAAGGCAAUGUAUGAUACUCUGUUUAAUUCAAUAAGAGGAUCCAUGUUGAAAAAUCAAGUCAAGGCAUUUUACAUACCUGAUAGACAUGUUGCAAUAAUUCCUCAUCCAAAAGGUAAUUUUUUGCAAACAAUUGGUAGAGUAGAUAAAACAGGUAUAUGUUAUUUGAAUUUUUUGGAAUUUCUUUAUCUGGCUGAAAGAGGUACAGUGACUCCAUUUUUAUGUAAUGAUCUAAAUGACAUCACAAAUGGGAAUGAAUAUCAACUGUCAAUCCAAGAGAUAUACUCAUUUUUCAAAUCCCAAAAUGAAAUGGACAAUUUCCAAGUUUAUGCUCAUCUUAAAAGAUUAGGCUUCAUCGUCUUCCCUUCAAAUUCAUUUGAAUCAGGGAAAACUACUUUUUACCCACCCACAUCAAUAUUCAAAAAAUAUUUUGCUCCGAGUUUAUUCAAAUCAUUCUAUUUAAGGAUUGGACUAAUUUUUUCGAAAUAUUUUAACUCCAUUGCCAAUGAUAUUUUUUACUCUACAUCCAAUUUUCAUUAUAUGAAAUAUUUGAACUCUAUCAGCAUUUACAAAAGUUUGAAUAAACUGAUUCCAUACCAUAAAGUCCCAAAAUCAAAACUGGAGUUACUAGACCAGAAAUUUACAAUCGAUCAACUUACCACAACUAAUCGUGAAUUCGAGUUAAGUUUUGACGUUUGGAAACCACAGGUGAACUUUAAGAAAAAAUGUCCAAACCUUCCAGAUUUCCAAAUCGUUGUAUAUAAUAAAAAUGAUGGAAGUCAACAUUUCCCAACUUAUCACGAUUGUCAAAGUAUAUUUAAUCAACUGGAUUAUAAAUUCGGAUUUGUACAAGGCAAAGAUGACUUCGAUUGGGAUUCUCAUUCAUAUACUGAUGAAAAGUUAAGAGCAGAAUAUCUAUCAUCGCUGAAAUCGAAGGCAAAACAGUCAAACGCAAGCAUAAAUACAAAGGUUGAAGGCAAAAAGAAGAAAAGAAAGAUAAAUUCGUUUCCACCACAUGUUCAACAAAAGAUGAGACUAAAAAAUGGAUAUCGUAGUUUUCUGCUUGCAGUUAUUGAUGAUGGUAUAAUUAGUUUUACAAGGAUGACUGAAAGCGAUUUUGGUUCAGAAAAUGUGUGGUAUAAUCCAACCAAUUCUAAGACGAAAAGACCAACUAGAAAAAAAUAG